AUGGUGUUUGCUCACAGCUCUCAGCUUUCACCUCAGCAAACUGCCAAAAAUGGGAAAGUUUAUGAAGACAAGAGCUUCUGGGGCCACUGCUGUGAAUGUAGCAGUGGCCACCUUGACCUAUGGUCCUAUAUGAAACAAUGCAAUUCCGUCCAGGUGGAAAAAGGCAGCUGGAUGAUUUACAAGAACCCCAAUUACUCAGGACACCACUACUUAAAAAGGGGAGACUAUCCUGACUUCCAGAAGUGGUUCAGUCUCUGUGACUCCAUCAGGUCUUGCCACGUAAUUCUACAAAUUCAGCUCUAUGAAAAAGAGGAGCUCCAAGGCCAAAUGUUGGAGCUCGCUGAUGAUUGCCCAUCAGUCCCAGGUUACAUCCAUCUCCCUGAGAUCGGCUCCCUCAAUGUUUUAGGUGACUCUUGGAUCUUGUAUGAAAUGCCCAACUUCAGGGGCCAACAGUAUUUACUGAAACCCAGGGAAUACAGAAGAUUCUUUGACUGGGGUGCAGUAAAUGCCAAAAUUGUCUCUUUGCAGAGGCUGGCUGACUUGCACUGA